CCCUCUCCCCGCUCUGGUCUGCGUUGACACCGGCCAUCCAGCACAGAGCAGCCCCGUAUUCAGCCGUAUUCACAGAUCCCAGCUCUCCCAGUUCCUGCUUCCGCCGCAGCAUUUCUACUCUAUUUUCUGGAGCAACAAAUCUCGGCUGCCGCUGCGUCACACCCAGAACCUCAGCAGCCCCGGUCGGAUGCCGCUGGAUGCCGGUGUACCAUGCCGAGACUGUUGACCUACUCUCUACAAGCUGCUAACAGCUACUGUGUGAACGUGACAGACUGCUGAACAUCAGGAUCAUCAGCUUACAGAAAAUGACCUCCUGAGAUGAACGACUGAGAGCUGAUAGUAGGACACAUCUGUGAUAAAAAAAAACAGAGGAACAGAAGGAAACAGCCAGACGGCGUGGGACAGGCUGGUCAACGAGGAGCUGGUUGGAGGGGAGAUUAUAUCAUUCGGGCUGUCAAAGCACCGACUUCCAAACAUGGUGGCCAUGCUUUAGCACAAACAGAAACCACUGGUUGAUCGCCGGAUCACUUCCUAUUUCUUACACACUCCUGAGCACCAAGUGUGCACAACCCUACUCUCAUCUGUCAUUCACUGUACACCACCCCUGCGAACAUGCCAAUGUUGGCACUGUGGCACUUGUGGUGACGGGGGCGCGGAGUGUGUGCACACAUCUGGCAGGCAGGCCCGGCGGGAUUGGUGGCUGCACAGGCACACCAAGGCGCGCUUUCAGAGUGGGCGAGGUUGAACCAUGCGGCCCUGGGCAGGUUCAUGGCGUUGGAUUACCCUGGUGCUGUUGGCCUGGGGCACUCUCCUCUUCUACAUCGGUGGUCACUUGGUGAGGGACAGCGAGCACCCGGAGCGGUCCAGCAGGGAGCUAUCCAAGAUCCUGGCUAAGCUUGAGCGGCUCAAGCAGCAGAAUGAAGACCUGCGGCGCAUGGCUGAAUCUCUCAGGAUACCUGAGGGUCAGGCGGAAGCCGGCUCCCUGGCUGCUGGGAGACUGCGCUCCCUGGAGGACCAGCUAACCAGAGCCAAACAGAAGAUCCACAGCUUCCAGAAACUCACUGGAGACGGCCCAGGGCCCACUCAGGAGGAGCUGCGGAGGAGAGUAGAGAACGGGGUUAAGGAGUUCUGGUACUUUGUGCGCAGCGAAGUGAAGAAAUUGGCCAACAUCGAGACCAGCGAGAGGCAGAAGUAUGCCGACACGCUGCUGCAGGACUUGGGACACCAGGAGAGGUCCAUGAUGACGGACUUGUACUACCUCAGCCAAGCAGACGGAGUGGGCGAGUGGAGAGUGAAGGAGGCUAAAGACCUGUCGGAUCUGGUCCAGAACAGAAUCACCUACCUACAGAACCCCCCAGACUGCAGUAAGGCGAGGAAGCUGGUGUGUAACAUCAAUAAGGGCUGUGGUUAUGGCUGCCAGCUCCACCAUGUCGUCUACUGCUUCAUGAUCGCUUACGGCACCCAGCGCACCCUCAUCCUCGAGUCUCACAACUGGCGCUACGCCCCCGGCGGAUGGGAGACCGUUUUCCUGCCCGUCAGUAACACCUGUACCGACCGCUCUGGGGCCACCACAGGACACUGGUCAGGUGAGGCCCACGAUAAGGACGUCCAGGUUGUGGAGUUGCCUAUCGUUGACAGCCUCCAUCCUCGACCCCCUUACCUGCCACUGGCGAUCCCCGAGGACCUAGCCCCGCGCCUGCACCGUCUGCACGGCGACCCCUCUGUGUGGUGGGUGUCGCAGUUUGUCAAGUACCUGGUACGCCCUCAGGCGUGGCUGGAGAAGGAGAUUCAGCAGAGCACCGCUAAACUGGGCUUUAAACACCCCAUCAUCGGAGUCCACGUGAGGAGGACGGAUAAAGUGGGGACGGAGGCGGCCUUCCACCCCAUCGAGGAGUACAUGCUGCAUGUGGAGGAGCAGUUCCAGCUUCUGGCCCGACGCGUCCACGUCGACAAGAAACGAGUUUACCUGGCAACUGACGAUCCCUCGCUGCUGCAGGAAGCUAAGACCAAGUAUCCAGACUACGAGUUCAUAAGUGAUAACUCCAUCUCAUGGUCAGCUGGCCUUCAUAAUCGUUACACUGAGAACUCGCUGAGAGGAGUCAUCCUUGACAUCCACUUCCUGUCUCAGACUGACUUCCUGGUGUGCACCUUCUCCUCGCAGGUGUGCCGUGUAGCUUAUGAGCUAAUGCAGAUGCUGCAUCCAGACGCCUCCUCCUUCUUCUACUCUCUAGACGACAUCUACUACUUCGGAGGUCAAAACGCCCACAACCAGAUCGCCAUCUACCCACACCAGCCGCGCAACAGUGAGGACAUCCCCCUGGAGCCCGGUGAUGUCAUCGGCGUGGCCGGCAACCACUGGGACGGAUACUCCAAAGGCAUCAACCGCAAGCUGGGCCGCACCGGCCUCUACCCCUCCUACAAGGUCAGAGAGAAAAUCGAGACGGUGAAGUACCCGAUGUACCCAGAGGCGGACAAACUGCUCAACUCUCAGAGGAAGUAAAUAGAAGACAUGAAAAAAAUGUAAGAAGAGGAGAAACACGCAGACUCCGGUUCCAGGGAAGGAGGCUGCUUUUUUUGUACAGAAGAGAGCGGUGUACUUAGUGCGCUAAGCUGAAGAGAAAAGAAAAAGCCUGUACCCAGGGGUGGUGGGAAAGAGAAUGCACUGUGUGUUUAUGUGAGAGCGUGUGCGUGUGUCGUUUGUGUGAGAGAACAUGUGUGUGUGCACUUGUGUAAAUGCCUGUGCAUAUGUCAGGUCAUGGCAAACUUGCACCCUACCACUACUCCCCCGCCUGGCGCUCUGACGUCGGGUCUGUAGAGAUGUAGACGUGAACAUUGAUUUUAAAAAAAAAGCAAGAAAACAAUUAAAAUCCACACAACUGACCGAGCUUGCUCUCUCUCUCUCUCUCUCUCUCCCGGGACACGGGGACUGGGACUACUGUAAGACUGGCACACCCCAGAGUUAGCUUCAAAAUCAGUGACUGAGAAAAAAAUGACAAACUGGAAAAAGUGUUUGAUUUUAUUUAAUUCCUUUCGGUGGUUUUUUGAUUCUUAUUCUUGCCUUUAUUUUUUUCUUCUUCUCCUGUUUUUUUUUUGUUUACUGAAUGUACUGUAUCCUCUUCUUGCCAUGCUCACAGCUGCCCCCCCCCCCCCAUCCCCCUCCCUCCACAUACACCUCCUCCUGCUGCUCCUCCUUCCACUCACUGUGCUUCCUCCAUCUCGUCUACAUGUGCAAUUAAUUUUUUAAAACCAUAUUGUGCUUUUUACCAAGUGUUUUUAAACAGUCUUAAUUUGUGUGUAUGGGGCUUGUGCAUUGUAUACUGUACAGUGUGUGUGCGUGUGCGUGUGUGUGAGUGUGAGUGUGGAUGGAUGUAUGUGAGGGAUAAAGUGUGCCUGUGUUCAAGUCUAAGGGGCCAUGUCACGACCUGGUGCCUGGUUUAACUGAUGAGCAGUGUGUGUGUUUUCUUAUUCCUCCUGCUUCUUCUCCUCCUCACUGAAAAGUGUUUGUGUGGCCGGCGGCCGACAGGGGGGAGACUGGCAGUGACAGAGGGGGGACUGACUCCCUCUCCCUCCCUCCUAGCACUUGGAACAAUGGUGAACUCCAGUCACUCCGCUGAUGACCUCUAGUGAACAAUGGUAAGAUUAUGUGGAGAACAGUGAACUCAUGGUGCACGCACACACGCAGACACAGGAGCCGUCCACCAAAAAAAGAAGCACUCCACUGAGAAAAUAUCCUAUUUUUGGCACCUAUGCUGUCCCUUCUGUCCAUCUGUUUUGAUUUGUUUUUUACUUUUAACAUUGCUGUUUUAAAAUAAACAAGGAAGAAUAUGCCUCUGUUUUCAAAUGAUACUGCUAUGUCAUGUCAAACUCCCCCCAUCAUGAAGGCUUUUUUCAUAACUUAUGUUCUCGGGCAUUGUCUUUGAUAACCACAGAUCGAAUAAACUUGAGAAACCAACACAGCA